GUAGGUACAUUAAUACAUCAGUACAAUGUACGUCGGCGUCGGCGUGUGUCAUCUGUAAUUCCAAAUAACUAGUUGAACCUUUUUCGACUUCGGAAUAUCACAUUAUAUCUAAACCAGCAAACGGUCUCAUUCCAACCGGAUUUCAUAUUUCAUAUUUCAUAUUUCUAGUUUAUUUUCAGUUCAUUUCAAGCUGCUAUGUCAGUAUUUCAACUAUCAAAGCUAUUACCUCUACCCGAGGGUGAACUGAAGCAAGUCAUAGACUAUGCGGCUACGCUCUCUAAGCCAGACGCCGCCGAGCAUUUUCGGAAUCUACUCGGCGAAUCGCCUGAAUCUAUUGAUUUUAUAGCUUCUUUUAAUUCCAAGAGACAAGACCCCACAGCUUCCGCUGCAUCGUCAAACCGGUCUUCCUCACAUAUCGAACCUGUGCCGAAGCCGACGAGAGCAUCUAAAAAGCCAAAGGCUCAGUUGCAUACUCCUGCUCCACGUCCAGUCACCAAUCUCGGCCCUGCACCAGGAACCGCAUAUAGCAAGAAUGUUGAGAGCGACUACAUCACUCGGCGUCCCAGCCCGGCCGCAACUUCAGCUGGAUCUGGGUCCGGGUCCGGAAAGAAGCCUCCGCCUCAGAAAUCCGCAACUCCUCCUCUGCCAAAGCUACCUCCCUCUGCUGCGGGUCAGCUGAUAUCAGAUGUCCGGAAGCCCAAGCCAAAGUCAAUGCCUGAUUCACGGUCUUCAACGCCGGCUCCGAAAACCAAAGUCCACAUCUCUGGUGGUACUGCUAUGCAUGGCGCAUCUACAGCUUUAUCGGACUUAGACAACGCCAUUCGCCUUCUUGAAACGGCCACAAAUCCUACUCUGGGAACGGACGACUCCGCUCGGCAAUGCAACUGCGUCGCUGCUAGGCAUCCCUUGCUGGCUGCCGCACCGAACUGCAUGAAUUGCGGGAAAGUCGUAUGUGUAAAAGAGGGCCUCGGGCCUUGCACAUUCUGCGGCACGCCUCUUCUGAGCCCAGCCGAGAUACAAUUAAUGAUACGGGAACUGCGCGACGAGCGGGGCCGAGAGAAAAUGGCCGCCAACCGCGAAGCUAACAAGAAGGCCGACGUGUCGAGGACCCCUACUUCUUUCUCAAAACCCAAGGAAACCACCAGCGAGACCAGUGAAGCACAAUCGAAGGCUCUGGAGCAUCGAGAUCGUUUGCUAGAGUUUCAGGCUCAGAAUGCACGUCGAACGACUGUCCGGGACGAGGCCGCUGAUUUCGAUGUCAGUGGGGCUAUGACAGGAUUCGGCGGUAAUAUCUGGGCCACGCCCGAAGAGAGAGCUCGGGAGUUAAAACGCCAGCAGAAAGUUUUAAGAGAGAUAGAAUGGAAUGCUCGACCAGACUACGAAAAACGACGGCAAGUUAUCAGCAUCGACGUAGUAGGUGGCAAGGUAGUCAGGAAGAUGGCAGCCGUUGAGCGACCAGGGAACCCCGAAGACGACAUACAGACCGAUACGACCCUACAGGAGGUCAAUAAUACUAACCGCGACAAUGCGAGCAGAGGAGGCGGGACUGGAGGAGCUUUCAGCAAGAAUCCACUAUUAGGCUCGCUAAUCAAGCCAGUUUUCGACGCCAAGGGCAAGGGAGCUAAGCUAGAAGGCCGUGAUCCCAAGGCCACUCGGUGGAGGAGAGUACAAGACGAUCUAGAUGAUAACGAGGCCGUCAUUCUUGAUGGUGGAGCGUAUGGAGGGAAAUCCGGCCAAGAAACAGCUCGUGCCGCUGUAGAUGAACCUGCUUGCGGUUGAUGUAGGCCCUAGUUAGAAAACUUAAUUAAUGAAGUUAGUAUCCAAAUGAUCACACCACUGUCAAGUUCGGC